AUGGAAAUUAUACGGAAUGGUUGCUGCUCUAUAAAAUCAUUUGUUUCAUCAGUGAUUGAAUGGCGUUCCGCUGCCACAGCACCUUAUUUUAUGUUCAUCAACAGCAUUUUUUGGUGGAGUGUCUUUUAUUUGGAUACAGGAGCACAACUACGUUUAUUGGUUUCGUUUGCUGCGGGUAUUUUUAGCUGGGAUAUUUUAUUAUCUUCAACUUAUGAUCGAAGUAUUUUGUUUUACAUCUUAACGUGGCCCAUGCGAAGUGUGCUAAGGACAUCAGGCGUCGCGAUGGCCUUAUGUAGUGCACAAUUCCUUUAUCGAACCGAAUUUGAAAAAGCAUGUUGGACUGCUUAUAGCGCAGUUGCAUUAUUAAUGAUAAACCCGGUGUGGGUGUACCACCAAGUACCACAAAAGAUCAACGAGUGCUUAUAUACGGCAUGCAUAACAACGAAAUAUGUUGCUCAGAUAACUAUCAUUUCUCCUCUUUAUUCAUUUUACAGAAUCGUUGAAUAUAUCGUCAAGUUAAGGUGGUUAACAGCAAUAUUAGAAAAAGUUAAGAAGGAACUGCUAAGGAUAAAAGCUGCAGCAAGAAAUACCUAUGUUGCAGCAGUUGAUAAGUUAUGCGCUGGAAAAAAUGCGAUUUUAUCUGUUACGAAUUCAAUCUUAUUCAGUAUAGGAAACUUCAUGUCAUGCACAAUUUACGGAUUUAAGAUCGCAAUCAGAAAUGGAGUGAUGUAUGCAGUAACAACUACAAGAAACGGAAUAGUCUGUGCAAUAACGAGUACAAAGAACGGAAUAAUUUCCAUAAUAAUGUUUCUCAAAAAUGGAAUACUUUUCGGAUCUUUGACACUUAAAAAUGGAUUAAUUGGCGGGAUUCUGCAGCUCAAGAAUUGUUUAAUUAUGUGCCUUAACAAAUCAAGAAAUGCAUUUUAUCACGCUGUCACUAUUACGAAGAAUUAUAUUCGCUAUACACUUGUCACCAUAAAAAAUUCAAUUUUAAACUUUUUCUCUGCCGCUGUUAAAUGGAUGAAAACGGAAAUUGUGGAACCAGUUCGGAAUGCUUUUCAUGCAGUUGUCCAGUUUCUGCGGUAUUGGCUCUGCGCCCAUUGGUGGCCAAAUCUCAAAUCUUGGUUUGUUCUGCAUAUCGUGAGCCGGCUACAAUUGCUCUUCAACUAUUUCUGCUUCGGUAUUGUUUAUGUUUUCUUUGGCUAUUGGAUGAAUCCAUUUAUCACUUUUCUUUCGAGACAUUUUCGACGUUUUUGUGCUUAUUUUCAACAGUAUGUCUUGAAUCCAUUUGAAAUAUGGAUUGGACACCAAAUUGAUAAAGCUUUGUUAUAUAUAAAACGAAUGUUGCAUAGUUUGGCUAUGAGAGUGCGCGAUAAUAUACUGUGGCCCUUCUUUGUAUUAUUUAUUUCGUUAGUGAACAAGGCCUGUGCGCAUCUUUAUCGGAUUUUAUUGCAACCAAUAAUUGAUAUCCUAUAUAAAAAAUAUAAAAUUUGCGAAGAUUACUUAUUAAUUUAUUGUUUGGGUCCGAUUUGCCAGAUUUUCGUCAAUCAUAUUCCAGAUAGGUCGCCAUUUUGUGAUGACACAGACACUGAAUUGGCGGAUUUGCUGCCACCUGGUUUCAGUAAUGAAGAAUCCGACAUUGAACAAGCCUCCGACAAACCUUCGUUACCAAGUCGACCGCUUAGUCCUCUGACAGAAGACGAGCGUGACUUCGUUCGUGGCUUGAAAUUCCCGAACUUAGAUUCUUCAGACUCAAGCGAAGCUGAAUUCGCACUAAGACCGAAGUCAAAACUAUUGAGAAAAAAACCAAAGGUUCAUCCGAAAGAUCCGGCACCAUCAGCUUGCAGUGAUGGCUUAAUUUCAAAAGCAUAUGAAGUAAAGAACAAACAUAAGCGUUCGUCGUCAACCAGUAGCCAUUCCGAAAGCGCAAUCUCAUCGUCUGCUCAAAAUGCAUCGGAUGAUGCAGAUCCUCAAAAUUUAGAUGUAUUUGAUUUUGAAUCGGAGAGUCGACCGCGAGCAGAAUUUCUAGGAAAUACUGUGGAAAUUCAGAAAUUGGGAGAUUACAGAGACGGAAGGUCAAAAGGCAAAAAACAAAACACGAAUCAGAAAGAAGUGGAAGAAAUUGAAGUCUGUGGCACAGAACAGCUUAGUGUAAGUCCUGCAACUUUCACCGGUAGUUUGGAUGAUAGCUUCGAAAUGCUCGAUAAGUGA